CCAUUAAUAAGUACGAUAAAAGAUGGAUUCAAGAUUCAACGAUACCGUUCAUUCCUUGAGGCCAGUUGCAUCUAAAGCUCCUCAUGUUGAUCCAUCGUCGGAUGCCGUUUCUGGUGAAAUUGUGGCAACUGAUCCGAUUUCUAAAGCUGCUCAGACGGUUGCAGGUUCAUCACUUACGAAAGCUAUUCAAGUUGAUGAAAUUGGUCAAAUUACAGGAACGGGUAAUAUUGUAGAAGCUAGCCAGGCUGCUAUUACUGCUUCUCUCACAGGUUUCAAAAGCCCACCAACAAAUCAGUCUCGGCAAGACCAUGUUUAUACGGUCGACAUUGGUAAUGAUAUUCACCUUAACUACUGGAGCAUCGAUGUGAAAUCCGCAGGCUCUUGGACAUGGCGACAACUGCUCAAGCUUCGCGGUCUUGCGGCAAGGUUUUUAAGAGCUAGAGUGGGAAAUGGAACAAGAAUAAAUUUUUGGUUUGAUCAUUGGACAGUGCUUGGUCCUUUGAUUAAUGCUUUCGGUCCCACAGGUCCAUCUGAGCUUGCACUCCUAUUGGUUGGAAUUUCAGAGGUGCUCGUUCUCAGGCAGCAGAAGAACUACAGAUUGCUCUAACUACUUUUCAUCUCCCUGCAACCUCGCAUGUGAAAGACAAGUAUGUUUGGGUCGUUAAUGACCAUGAGAGUACUUCCUUCUCUAUUGCCAGGACAUGGGAUGAAAUCAGAAAUAGAGCAAGAAAACAGGAGUGGACGUCUAACAUUUGGUUUAAAGGGUCUGUCCCGAGACACUCUUUUAACUUUUGGAUUGCUCACCUUGAUAGACUACCAACAAGGCAAAGGCUUGCUAGCUGGGGUAUCUUGAUCUAUGAUUCUUGCUGCCUAUGCGACAUGGUCCAGGAGUCUAGAGAUCACUUGCUUCUUCGCUGUGAGAUCAGUGAAAGCAUCUGGAAAAUGGCCCUUCAAAGGCUAGGUUACAGGUCCUUUCUUUUCCAUACUUGGACUUCUUUUAUGCAUUGGCUUUCCCACAGAGAUUCAUCUUGCCCACUCCUGCUUAAAAGGUUUGUGGGACAAGCUGUUGUGUAUGCGUUGUGGACAGAACGCAACCGAAGACUCCAUGACGGUAUUACUACCACUUCAGCGGUAUACUGAUGAAAAGAGUGACGAUGAGUAUGCAUUUGUGAAAGCUUUACGUAUGAGUGGUGGAGUUGGAGCCAACAGUUACUCCGCCAAUUCUCUACUUCAGAGAAGAGUUUUAUCAAUGGCCAAACCAGUCUUGGUAACAAACACAGAAGAAAUGAUGAUGAAUUUAAACUUCCCUAACUAUAUCAAAGUUGCUGAAUUGGGUUGUUCCUCGGGGCAAAACACGUUUUUGGCUAUCUCUGAGAUCAUCAACACCAUCAAUGUGUUGUGCCAAAACUCGAAUCAAAACCCUCCAGAAAUCGACUGUUGUCUCAAUGAUCUUCCAGAAAACGAUUUCAACACAACGUUCAAGUUCGUGCCCUUCUUCAACAAGGAGAUCAUGAUGACAAACCAAGCAUCGUGUUUCGUCUAUGGAGCACCAGGUUCCUUUUACUCUAGGCUCUUCUCUCGCAAUAGCCUCCAUUUUAUACACUCCUCAGACGCUCUCCAUUGGCUCUCUAAGGUUCCAGAAAAUCUCGAAAAUAAUAAGGAAAAUGUGUACAUAUCAAACUCAAGUCCUCAAAGUGCAUACAAAGCUUACUUGAAUCAGUUUCAACGAGAUUUCUCAAUGUUUCUAACGUUACGUUCUGAAGAAAUUGUCUCUAAUGGACGGAUGGUUCUUACCUUCAUCGGUAGAAACACUCUUAACAGUGAUCAAUUUUAUAGAGAUUGUUGUCACGUUUGGACACUGCUAUCAAAAUCUCUCGGUGACCUAGUCUUCGAGGGCCUAGUGAGUAAACCAAAACUGGAUGCAUUCAACAUGCCAUUUUAUGAUCCGAACGAGCAAGAACUCAAAGAAGUGAUACAAAACGAAGGUUCUUUUGAAAUCAAUGACUUAGAAACACAUGGAUUUGAUCUUGGCCAUAGUAACUGCGACAACAACGAAGAAUAUAACUAUGAAGCGGGAUACAAUGAAGCCAAAUCUAUAAGAGCCGUUACUGAACCAAUGCUUAUUGCUCAUUUUGGAGAAGAUGUUAUCGAUAUCUUGUUUGAUAAGUAUGCUCGCCAUGUGACACAACACGCGAGCUGCAGAAACAAAACGAGUGUCACUCUUGUCGUUGCGUUGACUAAGAAAUAAUCAGCUUCUGCUUUAAUAUAGUUGCUUGUUUAUUUACUUAAGAUUUACUGUCGUUUCUCUUCCAGCUAAUAAAUUCUAAGACUUGCCCCUCAUGUGAUGAUAUGAUGCUUGUCCUGGAAAAUGGAUUGUUAUUGUAAUUGUAAUAUGUGAUAUAUGUUCUAUGUGUAAUAAUCAUCAAUGAUAAAAUGCAUGGUCAAUUUGGUAAAACAAUAAUACUUAUGUUUCCACAUUAAAAAUAGUUUUAGGAGUUUUUCCAUAAGAGAAUAUUAUUUAUUAGGUUUUAAAAUUUUGAAGUCUUAUAAACACAAAAAAAGAACU